GUUGCAUUUGGACAAAGUAGACGAAGCAAGUCAGUGGUGCUGCUUGUUCGCGUAUCAAACAUUUUUAAUAUCAUUUUUCUGUUCGGUGUAUUGUGCAAAAAAUAUGUUCUUUUCGCCGGUGUGCCUCGUACCAUCGUGAGAAUAGUUUAACCAGUGUGUGCGGAUUUGGAGUACACGCAAGAUAGUGUAUUGUAAAAAUAUUGUUCAUUAGGAAAGAAAAGUUUGAAAAACCAUGAAACAUCAUACUUUAGCACAAAUGUUCAUACUAGUACUGAUGGUUGGUAACCGCUUCCUCAAUCGCUUCCAUCGAUCAGACCAUCGCCUGUAAAAUCUAUCCCGGCAUUCCCGGUAAAGUGGUAUUCGCUGAUUUUUUUUUCGUUUCAAACCGUCUGCAUUACACGUGUGUGGAAAAAGGUGUAUGUGCAAGAUAUUUUAGAAUAUUUAUUUCGUUUCAAACAAGUGUGGUAGUCGCGAAGCCUAUGUUCAGUGUCUAUGGCGAUUCGCAGCAGCUUAUGAUUGUUAGAAAAUGUUGCGAAAGUGAAAAUGUGUCGAAAAGUGUGCGUUAAAGCAGUGUGUGUAUGAAGCAUCCGGAAGAGCCGGUGAGUUCGUCGCGGUCCCUUAAGAGAAGGGACCAUCACGAAUAGUGUCUACCGUAGCGUAAGGAUAAUACAGUCGAAGCAUCCGCCAUCCUAUUCCCUCGAUAACGCACGCGACAUAGACUGCAGCAACCCCAUAAAGCAUCGGGCUGCAAGAUGUCGAAAACCAUCGAAACCCGCCUGCAGAGUAACGAGGUGCGAAUACCGAAGAAAUCGACCGAGUUCGACCUGUCCGCACCGGCUGCCCCGAGCCAGUACUUCAAGAGUUCGUUCGCCCGCUCCCUGUCGUUCAGCCAGGGGCCGGGAGGGCCCGGUGGCGGUCCGUACGGAAGCGCCGAGCAGCACUUCACCCGCUCGCUGGAUUUCGACGUUAACUUUGAUCCGACCGGCGGCGGCGGCGGCGUUGGUGGCGGUUUAUCUAACUUGCACCAAAUGACUCCAUCGUCCGCGUCGCCGGUGUACGAGGAAGAGCACGAGGGUGCGGUAUCGCGGGCGGAAAACGGUUCCGAUCAUGAGCUGGUGUCGCUCAACGGGAUGACCGGUAUCGAGGCUAGUAAUGGUGGCAUCGUCAAGACGCUUUGGAACUACGCCAAAGGACAGGAAGUAAAAUCGGCAAGCAGCAGCCCAGCGAAAAUGCUAAAAUCCAACGGCACGUCACGAAAAUCCAUCGAAGGCAACGAGAUAGAAGUUUUGCGGCUUCGUAAGGAAUGUCAGAACCUGAUCGAGGAGAACCGUCGACUUGUGAGCAUAGCGACGGCCGCCAGCGGAGGCGGGAAUGGUUUGGGCGGCACAGGAGGAGGAGGCGGUCCCUAUGCGCUGGGAGGUGGUGGUAUGCUGGGCGGUGUUGGCAGCGGAUCCGGUAGCCUGUCUACACUGGGCAUGGGUGUGCCGAACGGUGGCAACUACACCAGCGUUGAAUCUGUGAUCCUGCAAACCCAAGUCGAGACGCUCCAAUGGCAGCUGAAGCAGGUCGACUCCAGUAGACACAUGUACCGGGCAGUGAUGGAGGAGGUCGUGCGGUUUCUGGAUCGUUGCUAUCGUUCGCUGGACGCACUGCAGAGUGGCCAGAUUGGCCGGUCGAAGAGCGUGCUACAGGUGUCGAAGACGAGCAACGGCGGCACGCAGCAUAACCACAAUCACCACCACAGUAACAACCAUCACCACCACGACUCGGACAGUAGCAGUGCGAGCAGCCCGCGGGCCCGAAGCAGCACCAACCUGGUCGAUGUUCACCAGAAAACGUACACCAAAGCCACCAAUGGACGACUAGAUCAGCAGAGCCAGCACCAGAACCAGCACCAGCAGCACCAGCACCAGCAGAAGCAACAGCAUCAACCAUCCUCGCUGACGUUGAUCAACUCGUCGCCGACCUCGAGUCAGCAUGGCGCACCGUCAACUCACCCCGAGGACGAUUGCGCCGUUCCGCCAUCACCUGCCAGCUCCUAUAGCACCUUUAGAGAUUUUACUUGGCGACGCUCACCGAAACGAACCCAGACUCUGCCAAUUUCCAGCAACGAAGUUGACCCGGAGAAGCUGGCCCAGGAGGCGUUCCGUCUGCUGCGGACGGUGCAGAAUCUGCUCAACACCCAGGAACCGACGCUGGCCCAGUCGACGAAUGCACUGGACAGUCUGAUCUCGGCCUCUACGGCGGCUUCCAGCUGCGGCAGCAGCACCACCCUCACCGGUGUCGGGCUUUCCGGUGCAUCCGGUGCGGUUCUUGGCAGCACUCCGACCCUCACCGGGAACGGUAGUAUGGGAGGAGGUGGCGCUAGUGGGGUCGGUGGAGCCAAUGGGGGGCCGCUGGUCAACACACGGAGCAAUGUUGGCUUCAAUCGGAAGAUGAACAUGCGUGGAAGUCGCCUGUCGGUGCGUAGCAGCACUGCCGAUUCCGUGCAUUCAACGUCCUCCUCGACGAAGACGGAAACCGAUGAGGACAAUACGGAUCGGCCUUCGCCACCGCUGCUCCUGGCCCACCAUCACCUUCUGCACCAUCAGUCGAACGGGGUGGGAGGUGGUGGAGCGAAUGGUGGUACCGUGGGCGAUGGUGGUGGUGGUGGUGGAGGCAGUAGUAGUAGCAGUUGCAGCAGCAGCACUUCCGGCAAUGGCAGCAUCACCGGGAGCAGCGGGCAUCAUCACCAUCACCACAAUCCGGCGCACCGGUAUAGCGCCAACAUCGAGCGGAUCAAGGAGAUGAUGAUUUCGAGCUCGGCGGAAGAUGAGAGUGGGUUCAGCUCGAUGAACUCGUUCCAGGAGAUCGGGUUACCGCUGGUCAACUCCACGAUGCUGUCGUCGGUGGGAAGCAGCCACGGUGUGAGCAAUGGCUCCCUGGGCGGCGGUUCGUCCUCGUCGACCGACGGUGGCAGUAGCAGCAAUAGUGGCGUAACCGGUGGCGGUACAAACACCUUCGGCGUGUCGGAUGACUCAUCGGAGCUGCGUGAAAAUACCGUCAUUCCGACGACACUCAACGGUGGUGGUGGUCACAGUGGCAAUGGUAGCGUCAACAAACUGGGCAUUCCAGCCUCGCCGGCCAAAGCAUCGUCGACUGUCAGCUCCGUGAGCAAUGGGAGCGCCGUUGCCGCCAGCAGCACCACCACGGCACCGAAUGGAUCGCCACUCCGGGUGACACAAACGGCCAGCUACGAACACCAUACGCACUUCGUCAACCACCGCCGAUGGGACUCGGCACCGGUAGUGCCACCGAAGCUGAAGAUCCACGCCAGCGAAACCGACACCGUGUCACGGGUGCUGUGGGUGUAGCAGAGAUAGAAACGGCACGACGGUGGAGGACCCCUCACCGAGCGCCGUCGACCGUCAGGAGGAUUCCUGGCAUUUUUGUCCUUCUGUGUCUGCACCGUGUAGCUGUCCACCCGGUUCGCCUAUUUUUAUAAACCAGUUCUACUUCUUCUAUCGCCAUUAACUCCAUUCGAUUUAUAACUUCCUCGCAUCGACACCCCAUUUUUUGUUUUGGUUUCAAUCACCCAAUCUCAAUCAAUCCUUCCCAAACUACAAGCAAGCACUUCAAGCAGGUCGAAUAUAACAUUACAUUGAUUGCAUUUAACUAUGAGCAGUAACUGGCGGUACCUUUCUACAGGUCGCAACCCAACCGUUCCAUUCUGGAGUGCAAUGGACAAUGAUCUGUUGUUACGUACGAGCGUGCGGAUGUAAUUCCGGCCACAGUUUUCACAGUGAUUAAACUUUAACUUAUCGAAUGAAUGUAGAUUAAAAACAGGGAGAAAAAUCUUACAUAGCAUUUCGCACGAAAGCGAAAUACCGUGAAUUUGUACAUUUUAAGAAGUCAUGUAAUAAGAAUCUAGGAAUAAAAGGUCUGAAGCGCAUUUGCGUACUUGGCAAAACAAGUACCCGUGCAGCCGGACCUAGGCAUAAGUGGGAAACCGAUUUAUUCGACUACACUGCGUAAGGAUAAAGGGAAACGAAAUGAAAACUGUAUUCCACGACGUUUCGCAAUUCGCUCGAACGAGGAAGAGGAGAUAUUCUCUUUUUUUUAUUACUACACACAACCAAAGCUGUCAAUAUAUACAAAGAUUCUGAUGAAAAUUGAUAAAGAUUGUCCCGUGAGGGACAACAGAAAAUGAAAUAGUGGCGCUUCCAAAGGGGGUAGAGGAAAUCAAAACGAUUCGAAGAAAUUCGUGUGUGUGUUGCGCAACGUUAGGCAGCAUUAAUCUGAUCCCAUGAAACGUACUCUGGGUAGGGACAUAACUCUACGCACGAAUCGGUUUUAAUGUGUAUUAAUUAUGAUCAUCAUGUACGGUAGAUUAACAAUUGAUAAUUUUAUAGUGAGUCAUACUGGGCCGUAUUAGAUCUGGAGAAAAUAAAUGAUAAACAAUUUUGUUGUAUCCGCAAGAACAGGGAAUCAAGUUUUUGUUUAUGUGUCCUUACCGAGGAAAAAUAGAAUCGCCGUAGACAUAGACAUAGUGAUGAAAUGCGUAGCGUUAUAGUAGGAAAGCUAUGUCACAGUACGACCUACAACCAGCAUUUAAACCCAUAAUUAUGUAAUAAUACAAGAUACGUUUUAUUUUAUCAGCGGAUUGCCAAGACGGUGGUAUUGACUACCGGGAAGCGUCCAAAACUGUAGAGUAGAGGUGAACAAUAGCUACUUACGUAAAUUAUGAAACACACUUUGCAACGUAGGAAAACAAAAGUAAAAAAAAAACAUAAUGUGAGCAAAUAAUAAGCCGCUGGGCAAAACAGGACUUUCGUAAAAUUAGACAAACAAACCAAACAAACACCAAUGCAAAGUGAUAACGUACGGUUAGGGAUCGCUUUGCCGAACCGAUAGCGGUAGAUGAUAUUUUUGAAAAAUUCAGUUUUUCUCCUUCUUUUCAUGGUACAAAAUGAUAGUACACCCUUUUUCCAGUU